UUUUCGAAAUCAACAUUCUAUCAAUGAAAACAAAAAAAAUUCUAGAGAUUAAAUAUGAACUCUAAAUUAUAUAUGUGAGAUUAGAAAAAGCAGAACGUAUCGCUUCGGAAGCUGUGGUCACAAAUACUUAAGGAGAAGACGCGAAAGACGAAAGGAGGUGGGAAAAUUAAAUCGAGAAAGAGAAAGAAAGAAACAGAGAGAGAGAGAGAGAGAGAGAGAGGGAGGGAGAAAGAGGAAAGAGCGUUAGAUAAAGACAGUAAAUCGUGUAUACUCUCGUAAAGGGCGCAUACGUGGUCAGAGUUCGUCAGUCUCGAUCGGUCUUCGAGUAAAAGAGGGUUACACGUUGUUUGUGCUAUUAUUUUCUUGUCUCGAGAGCCUAUUCAGGUUUUAUGAUCUUAACGAGGAAUAAAAAAAAGAAAUUAAAUAAAAAUAAAUUGAGAAUAACGAUAUCGAAAAGAAAAAAAAAAAAUACAUUUCAAUCUCAUUAGAACUCGAUAUUUUACCGUGAAAAAGAAAUAAAAAUGACGGAGUAUUGGAAUAUUAUUUUUAAGCGUUUGCGUUAUCAACGUAAUAAAGUUAACAUCGAUAAAAUAUUUAUAAGAAAUUUACAAGAGAUACGAUCGAACGAUUUUCAUUUCAAUGAAGAAUACAUGUUUUUCAUGUAUAGUGUUUGCAACGUGUAAUCCUAUUUGUAUGUAUGUAUACGUGCGCAUGUGUGUGUGUGUAUCUAAUCAUCGAACUCAUUAAGAGGGGUCGUUAUUCUAUGAUCCAUAGGCAACUGCUCGCAAAUAAGUAAGCGUACUUUGCGAUUAAUGGACUUGUUGAAGGAAUCAACGCAAAAGUGUAUGUGUGUGGAUGUGUGUGUGUGUGAUGCAAAGAAAAAGAAAUUUCUUGAAAAAAAAGAAUUAAAAGAAGAAGAAGAAGAAUAUGGCUAACUCUUCGUCGAUUAACAUUAGCUUCAAUGACGAGCAUGGAAUCGAAGCUUUUAAACAUUAUUCUCGAUCGGCUACUAUCGCCGCUGCCAUUUGUGCGAUAAUCUUCAGUAUUGUCGGUAUACUAGGUAAUUUGGUGACAGUAAUCGCGCUACUGAAGUAUACGAGACUAAGGCGACACGCUACAACGGCAUUCGUGAUAAGUCUUAGCGUCUCCGAUCUAAUUUUCUCUGCUGUGAAUUUGCCAUUGACAGCUAGCAGAUAUUUAAACGAAGCUUGGGUCCUCGGUGAUACUCUUUGCCAAAUCUUCCCACUUUUCUUUUAUGGAAACGUUGCUGUUUCGUUGUUGAGUAUGGUUGCGAUUACAAUCAACAGAUAUGUACUCAUAUCAAGAUCGGAUAUCUACGCUGUUAUAUACACCACCCGGGGUAUCGUAUUGAUGUUGAUCGCCAUAUGGACCCUUAGUUUCUCCCUUUUGAUACCACCUUUGGUAGGCAUCUGGGGUACUCUCGGAUUAGAUCCAAAGACCUUCUCUUGUACGAUUUUAAAGAAGAAUGGUUCGAGUCCAAAAAAAGUGCUCUUUGUUCUCGGCUUUAUCGUACCCUGCGUUGUGAUCAGCGUUUCUUAUCUUUGUAUUUACUGGCGCGUAAGAAAGAGCCGAAAGAAUUUGGAAGCACAUGCUACUGGAGGAAGACGAAAAACUGGUGGAUUUCAAAGAAGAGAAGACUCCAGAGUGACGAGACUCAUGUUGAUUAUAUUCUUGUGUUUCUUAACGUGUUUCAUGCCAUUGAUGUUAGCAAACGUAAUCGACGACAAAGUCAGAAUUCCUAUCUUACAUGUAAUCGCUUCGAUAUUAGCUUGGGCAUCCUCCGUUAUAAAUCCUUUUAUAUACGCUGGUACCAACAAAUUGUAUAGAGAAGCUUACAAACAAGUCUUAUGUCCUGUCUCAAGCAAAAUACCAACGACUGGUCCAAAACCAACGCACUCGCACUCCAGCAAAAUUUCUUCCCCUCCAUUAACGUGACUAAUAUCGUAAAUUCGACUGCACGUUUGCGUCAAUUAAUUUUUUUUGCUUUUAAGUUAUAAUUAGAACGAACGAAUUUAAUUAUUUAAAUAAUUGUGAAAAUAUUACGUUAUAGAUAGAUCGAUAUACUAUAGUGUGUGAUUUAGUUGUUUUUUUUUUUUUUUUUUAACGGUUCCGUUUAAAUGCCAAUUAUUUUUAUAUUUGUAUUAUCUUAAAAUAGAUUUGUACCAUACAGAUUUAUUUUGUAAAGUAUCAGCGCUUUGCAUAUAUAUUAUGAAUAUCGAUCUUGUAUAUAAUAUUAUAAAACAAAAAUACUUUUUUUUUAUUUUUAUAGUACAUUUGGAAUGUUCGAGUAGAGAGUAUAUAUAAUAUAUUAUGGUAAAUAUAGUAAUGCUAUUAUUUACCUAGCGAAAUAUGGACGGAAAUUGUAGUUAUAAAUUUGUAUAAAAAAAGAAAACAUCCAUUAAAAGAAAGAUACAAAUCCAAUAUACAUUAAAAGUAUUGAAUAAAAUUAAAUAUUAUCUAAUCUAGAGUAUAUAAAUGGUAACUGCAUAUGGUGUAUAAAAAGCUUAAUUUACGAACACCUUGUAAAUAUAAAUAGUAGAUAUGGUGCAAUAGAUAUCAGCACGAUUUACUGUUUACUAAUGUAACAAUAAAUCAAUUACUUAUUGUACUUACACUUAACAUCCGACUUAUACGAAUUUUUAUAAUCUAAUAAUUUUCUUUUCGAAUAUUAUAAAUAUUGUUUUUAAUCCAAAAUCAUUUUUUU